UAAAAGUUCUCAAUCCCUCAAAGCUAACAUAUACAGCAAGCAAAAGUUAAAGAUGAGUAUCAACAUAGAUGAUAAUGAGUUAGGAAUUGAGAUGGAAGAAGCAUUCACUUUAUGUCCAUCUUUACCGGUACCAAAUGUUCAAGAAAUGGUGGAGAUAAAUCCUUUGCAAGUUCCUAAGAGAUACAUAAGGAAUCAAGAAGAAAUGGAGAAAGUAAACUACAUGCCUCACCUUUCUUCUGAGAUACCUGUCAUUGAUUUAACACUGCUUUCAAAUGGGAACAUGGAAGAAUUACACAAACUUGAUAUAGCAUGCAAGGAGUGGGGUUUCUUUCAGAUAGUGAAUCAUGGUGUGCAAAAAGAAGUUAUGCAGAAUAUGAGGAAUGUAACAGAUGAGUUUUUCAAACUUCCAAUAAUAGAGAAGGACAAGUAUGCAAUGCUCUCAAAUGAUGUACAUGGCUAUGGACAUGCUUAUGUUGUUUCUGAGGAACAGACACUUGAUUGGACAGACACACUAUUUUUACUCAUUUAUCCCACCCGGUUCAGGCAGCUUCAAUUUUGGCCAAAACCUCCACUAGGAUUCAAGGAGAUAACAGAGGCAUAUUCAAGUGAAGUGAAACGAGUUGGUUAUGAAAUUAUAUGUUCUUUGUCUGUUAUUAUGGGGUUGGAGGAAGAUGCUCUUGUUGGACUACAUAAAGAAGUACUUCAAGGUUUACGUGUGAACUAUUACCCUCCUUGCAACACACCUGAGGAAGUAUUAGGUUUGAGUCCACAUUCGGACUCAAGCACCAUUACUUUACUAAUGCAAGAUAAUGAUGUGACUGGCUUAGAAAUUCGACAUAAAGGAAAUUGGGUACCAGUGACUCCAUUAUCAGAUGCUCUAGUUGUCAAUGUUGGAGAUAUAAUAGAGAUAUGGAGUAAUGGAAAAUAUAAGAGUGUAGAACACAGAGCAGUGACAAAUAUGGACAAGAGAAGGACUUCUCAUGCAACAUUUUUGUUUCCUCGAGAUGAUGUUGAAGUUGAGCCCUUUGAUCAUAUGAUAGAUGCUCAAAACCCCAAGAUUUACCAGAAAGUUGUAUAUGGAGAUUAUUUAAGGCAAUCGUUGAAGAGAAAAAUGGAGGGGAAAAAACACACUGAUGUGGCAAAGAUAAAGGAAUCUAGUAAAGGUUCUGUUUGAGAAAAUGAGGAAUCUUGAAAAGUUUACCUUUUCAUGUUGACAACUAUGUAUAAUGAUUGUCUUCAAAAAACUAUGUAUAAUGAUGUUUAAUAAAUACUUUC